AGGGUGUAGAGUUAGUCGGGAACCAAUGGAAAAAAAGGUGCCAACCUGAAGUCAAUAGCACCCUCCAUCAAUGGGCCCACGACUUUGUCGUGCGUCUGCGCAGUGAGCUUGGGUCGCGUAGGGGUUGGGUGCAGCCACUACCAGAGAAGGAAACGGAGUUCCGGCUAUUUGUAGCGGAGGGAGAGUAUUGCUGACACCUCGAAUCCCCGAGAAAAAAGCCGCCGGCUUGGGGGCUAGCAAUUGGGCAUCGAGGGUAGUGCUGGUGUACGACAAGCCAAGGGUUCGGACAGCAAGUCGAUAGGUAGAGCAGAGUAAACGGCAAAAGGCGGGGGUAACCCACCAACUACCGGCAUGGCCAGGGACUAUGAUUACCUAUUCAAGCUGCUCAUCAUCGGUGAUAGUGGAGUGGGGAAGAGCAGUCUCCUCCUGCGGUUUGCAGACAACACUUUUUCAGGUAGCUACAUCACCACAAUUGGAGUGGACUUCAAGAUCCGGACAGUGGUGAUCAAUGGGGAGAAGGUGAAGCUGCAGAUCUGGGAUACGGCAGGACAGGAGCGCUUCCGCACCAUCACCUCCACAUACUACCGGGGAACACAUGGGGUCAUAGUGGUAUAUGAUGUCACGAGUGCCGAGUCUUUUGUCAAUGUGAAACGAUGGCUACAUGAAAUCAACCAGAACUGUGAUGAUGUCUGUCGAAUAUUAGUGGGAAACAAGAACGAUGACCCCAACUCAAAGGUGGUGGAGACGACUGACGCACAGAAGUUUGCAGAGCAGAUGAGCAUCAACCUCUUUGAGACGAGUGCGAAAGAGAACAUCAAUGUUGAAGAGAUGUUUAACUGCAUCACAGAGUUAGUGCUAAGAGCCAAGAAGGAGGUGCUGGCCAAGCAGCAGCAGCAGCAACAGAACGACGUGGUCAAACUCUCCAAGAACAGUAAACGAAAGAAAAAGUGCUGCUAGCGAACUCGAACUCCAAUCACAAAGACCACCAGCGUCUGCUUCAGAGAAGUCACACGGGAUGGGACUCCAAGCAUCUAAAUUAAGAUAGAUUUAAUAAAUAUACAAUGAAAUAAACGGUCCCCUUUGAACAAACAAAUCAAGAAGACUUAAAAACAAAAAAUGUACAGAUUUUAUUAGUCAGAUCAAGUUUUAUUUGGAAUUCAGCAGAUGGGCAAUAUUUAAAAGAUCCUCCUUUCUUGAGGGAUCUGCAAGCUGAAAACUGACAGCCAUAAUGCUCUGAUUUCUAUAUGCAUAUA